UUAGGUAGGAGGUUCUGGGUGACUUUGGACGUCCGUUCAUGCUUGGUGUAGGGACUGCUUAGUGCCGGGCCUUGCAGUUUUGAUCUUUUCUUCUCCCGGAGCCGAGGCCUCUGCUGCAGCCAUGUUACGCCAGAUCUUCGGUCAGGCCAAGAAGCAUCCGAGCUUGAUCCCCCUCUUCAUAUUUAUUGGAGCGGGAGGUACUGGAGCAGCACUAUAUGUCUUGCGCCUGGCAUUGUUCAAUCCAGAUGUCAGUUGGGAUAGGAAGAAUAACCCAGAACCCUGGAACAAAUUGGGUCCCAAUGAUCAAUACAAGUUCUACUCAGUGAAUGUAGAUUACAGCAAACUGAAGAAAGAAGGUCCAGACUUCUAAAUGAAAUGUUUCACUAUAAAGCUGCUUAGAAUGAAGGUCUUCCAGAAGCCAUCCGCACAAUUUUCCACUUAUCCAGGAAAUAUUUCCCCUCCGAAUGCACGAAGUCAUGUUGAUGUAUUGUGUUGGGGUUUACACUGACUAAUAAUAAAUAUCUGAAACUUGAUAUGUGUCACUUUUUAAUGCUGAAAAUCUGCUUUCAACUUUAUAACUAGGGUAUAGGAAAUAAACUUAGAAUUUAAGGAA